AGAGACGAAGGAGCAAUUUUGUUUAAUUUUAUCAAAAAGUUCAGUUGAAAAACUGAAACCCUUUUUUCAUGACGUAAUGACGCAUCGGCGUAGAGCGAUGACGUCGAGCGCAUCCAGGAAGAGAGUUCCAGAGAGUGGAAAACGUUUGGACAACUCAGGUCUCUGAACAUGGCUCUGAACAAGUCCAUGCAUCCUCGGAACCGGUACAAAGACAGACCACCUGAUUUCGCCUACCUGGCCUCCAAGUAUCCAGACUUCCAACAGCACGUGCACACCAGCCUCACAGGACGACCCGUUGUGAAUUUCAAAGAGCCGGAGGCAGUGCGAGCUCUGACCUGCACCCUGCUGAAGGAGGACUUUGGUUUGACCAUCGAGAUCCCUCUGGAGCGCCUCAUACCCACUGUCCCCCUGCGCCUCAACUACAUCCACUGGGUGGAGGACCUGAUUGAUGGCCAGAAACAGCCACGAAGGGGCAUCGACAUCGGCACUGGGGCGUCUUGCAUCUACCCUUUGCUUGGAGCCACAAUGAACGGUUGGUAUUUCCUCGCCACAGAGGUGGACGACAUCUGUUUUGACUAUGCAACAAAAAACGUGGAGCAGAACAACCUGUCUGACCUCAUUAAAGUUGUCAAAGUUCCUCAGAAGACCUUGCUUAUGGACGCCUUGAAAGAAGAAACCGAGAUCAUAUACGACUUCUGCAUGUGCAACCCUCCUUUUUUUGCAAACCAGCUUGAAGCAAAGGGGGUCAACUCCAGGAACUCACGGCGGCCUCCUCCCAGUUCAGUGAACACAGGCGGGGUGACGGAGAUCAUGGCGGAGGGCGGGGAACUGGAGUUUGUCAAGAGGAUCAUUCAUGACAGUCUGCAGCUCAAGAAACGCCUGCGGUGGUACAGCUGCAUGUUGGGGAAGAAAUGCAGCCUGGCACCUUUGAAAGAGGAGCUGAGGAAGCAAGGGGUGCCUAAAGUGACGCACACUGAGUUCUGCCAGGGACGGACCAUGCGGUGGGCGCUGGCCUGGAGUUUCUAUGAUGAUGUCAUUGUCCCGUCUCCUCCCAGUAAAAAGCGUAAACUGGAGAAGUCACGGAAACCCCUGUCAUUCACACUUCCUGAGGCAGGACUGAAGGAGCUCCAGGUCAAAGCCUCUCGAUUGGCUGCACUGCCCGCAGGCCCUGUGGACAGCAUCGCUGCUCUGCUGGAGAGGACACUCACUGACCUGAGGGUGCUGCACAAACGUGUCCCCUGCAGAGAGCAGGAGCAGAGUCUCUUUUUGACAGCUGUGGAGAACACUUGGAUCCACGGUCGACAGAAACGGCGUGAACAAAGGCGUCAGUUGCGAGAGCUUCCCAGGGCGCCUCACUGUACUGGAGCCAGCUCUCAAACCACCAUGGCCUCAGAGGCUCCCACUGUAACGCCGCCCUCCCAUAACCAGCCUGGUUCCACACAACACAGCAACACCCAAGGUGAGGACACUCAAUUCGAAACCACACCUGCACAGGAGCUAGCUGAACAGCAGCUCAAAGAGGAGACUGCCAAUGGCUCUUCUUUAAAUGAAAUGUGUAAAGAUGUAACAGGGAAUACGACUGGAGAACAGAAAGAGGUCUCAGAAGAUGUAACCGGUGAAGAUGUGGACAUGGAGUCUACAGGCCCGAAGGAAACACCUGCCGCGUCAAGUGAACCGCCCUCAAAACGACCCCUGAGCCCCGGAGCAGUCGAACACUUCCUGUUUAAGUGUCUGCUGAACGUGAUAUUGGACGAGCAGGAUGUGAUGAUUGAGAUGCACUGGGUUGAGGGUCAGAACAAAGACCUGAUGAACCAACUGUGCACUUACCUCAAGAACACACUUUUAAAGUCUAUCGCAAAGUCCUAAGUGAUCAGAGAGAAAGCAGUACAUUCAGGUGUGAAACGACGAUAAACAUUAUUUUUAGAGAUUAGUUUGAGUGUCAGUCUGUUGGGAAGUUUAUUUUUGUACAGUUACAAUGACUUUUCUCUGUAUAACUGUAUACAGCUUUUGAGAAGUUUGGAAAAGGCUAAAGUCACUGUGCCUGCUGACAGUCACAGUUAUGUGUUGCCAUUAUAACAGACUUGAGACAUCUUGUACUUGUUAGUUUACCUUUUAAGGUAGAACAUACUGUACACUGAUAUUUUGCCUCUCAAAAACAUUUGGAAUAAAUGUGCAUUUUAUAACA